CAGUGGCGUAUUUAUAUGCAGGCACUAUAGGCACGUGCCUACAGCGGCAAAUUCUAAGGGGCGGCAAAUUUUUCAUGGGAUUUUUUUUUUCAAUAAUGAUGGCCAUGCAUAUUAACUCGGUGAAACUUAUUUUUAUUCAGCCAACAAAAGUAUCUUAAAGUAUUGAAAACAAUGACAUUGGUUCCAAAUAAAUUUCGAAUUUAUUUAUUUUUAAAGUUUCUUAUCGCUGUCUACCGGAAAUAUUCACGCCGUCGCCGUCAAAAAAAUGGUCAGUGAGUUAUCUACAGUACAUAUUAACAAUCUAAUAAUAUCAACAUUCAGUGCAGUGGUUCUACGAAAAAUUUCUUGACCGAUCUUUUAUCUUAUUACUUGAGAAAUGAGAAGUGAUUUCAGUCUGUGGUCUAUCGUACUGUCGCCUGUGCGUUCUGACCGUGCUGCAAAGUGCUGAGUGCGUACCGCUGCAGCUGUGUCGUCGUUUUUUUCGAAAAUAGUCUUUUUAUUUUGUGAGCAUGAGUUCGAAUAGAAAACGGUUAAAUGGUGACCAAUACAAAAAAAUUGCCAAAUUAAAAAGUGAAAAACUGCAAAAUGUUUUAAAUAAAACACAAAAAUUGACUGAUUUUUUUAAAAAUCCAGCUUCUACUUCUGGUGUUUGUAGUAGUAAUAGUAGUAACAUUAUGGAUAUUAAUAUGAAGAAAACAGAUUUUCAGGUUAGUGACAGUGAAACAACAAUAAUUAGUGAAUCUAUUGAAGUGGAUAAUGUUGAACCAGAAGGUAGUUGUGAGUCAAAUGAGUUGACUAAUAUGAUAGUAAAUGAAACCAUUUUGGAGAUAGACCCAGCUAAAUGGGUUAUUAACGACGAAUUUCGUGACUAUAUUGCAAAAAAUGGUUUUAAUCAAAAUAUGACAAAUGACUUUAUUAACUCGAAACGGAUAUAUUCUGAUAAAACAAGAUAUUUGACCAAAAUUAUGUUUAAUAGACGAUUAAUUAAUGGAGAAACAAUUGUUCGUUCAUGGUUAGUUUAUUCUCCAAGUUAAGAGUAGUUUUUUGUGGGCCUUGUCGGAUAUUUCAAACAUCUUUAGAAACUCAACUUGUUACUGAAGGGUUCAAUGAUUGGAAAAAUGCUACUGUCCGUUUCAGCUACCAUGAAAAUAGUAAAGAGCACCGAGAUGCUAUUAUGAAUUUAAAACAUAGAGGUAAUGUCUUGGGGCGCAUUGAUAAUUCAUUGAUUAAACAAUUAGACACAGAAAUCGAAUAUUGGAGAAAUGUGUUGAAAAGGGUAGUCGAAACUAUUAAAUCGUUAGCUUCUCGUGGUCUUCCUUUUCGAGGACAUGAUUCGUGUUUUGGUUCUGUACACAACGGUAAUUACUUAAUGUCACUCGAAUUAAUCGCAAAAUUUGAUCCGUUUUUAGCCGAUCAUAUAGUUCGUUUUGGAAGUAAAGGCAGUGGCUCUACGUCAUAUUUAUCUCACGUUAUAUGUGACGAAUUUAUUUUGUUAAUGAUGAAAAAAUUAAAAUAUAAUAUUGUUAGAGAAUUAAAAAUAUCAAAAUAUUUUUCCAUAAGUAUUGAUUCGACGCCAGAUAUUUCGCACGUCGACAAAUUAUCAUUUAUGGUGAGAUAUGUCCUCGCAACUGGUCUUCCUGUAGAACGAUUCUUAUGUUUUGUUUCAAAUCCAGGACAUAAAGCUUUAGAUUUAACUAAUGUCAUUAUUAAUACUUUAAAAUCUCAUGAUAUUGACAUUUCUGACUGUCGAGGGCAAAGCUACGAUAAUGCUAGUAAUAUGUCAGGUCAAUACAGUGGAGUUCAGGCUCGAAUCAAAGAAAUUAAUCCACUAGUUUAUUACGUACCGUGUAGCGCUCACUCGUUAAAUUUGGUUGGCAUAUCUUCUGCAGAAAGUUGUCCACAAGCAUCAAUUUUUUUUGGAUUUAUACAACAAUUAUAUAAUUUUUUUUCCGCAUCAACGCAGAGAUGGUCAAUUUUGCAAUUAAAUAUGAAACGUAAUGCUAAUACAAUUAAGAGUUUAUCAAACACCAGGUGGUCGGCUCGCGCAGACGCAUGUCGAGCAUUAUAUAAUUCGUGGGAUGAAAUUAUUAACGCAUUGAUCACUAUCAAGGAUGACACUUUUGAAAAAUGUGUUACGUAGUAUAAUUAUUAACACAAAAAUAAAUGGAUUAAACAUCCUGGGCAAACAAUUUCAAAAAAUAAGCUUAGAUUUUUUUUAUGUAUACUAAAUUUUAAUGAAAAAAUAAUAAUAAAAAUUCCACUUCCUCCCAUAAAAAAAAAUGGCAAUCUACUUAACUUAGGAGAGGUACACAAUCUUGUAUGUACAGAAAAACAUAAUGGAUUAGCACACGAUCCUAGAUAUGAUGUGCAAAUAGUCGAAUGCAUAUUAAAGUACGUAUCACGUACUAUAGGAUACGAGCAAUUUAUUAAUAUUAUUA